AUGAGCUCCUACCUGGAGUACGUGUCGUGUGGUGGCGGCGGCGGCAGCGGGGUUGGUGGCGACGUGCUCAGUUUCGCACCCAAGUUCUGCCGCGCCGACGCCAGACCCGUGGCCCUGCAGCCUGCCUUCCCUCUGGGCAGCGGCGACGGCGCCUUUGUCAGCUGCCUGCCUCUGGCUGCUGCCCGGCCCACGCCAUCCCCCCCCUCGGGCGGUGGCUCCCUCCUCCUUAGCGGCCAGGUGGAUUUCGCCGCCUUCGGGGAGCCUGGCCCUUUCCCGGCGUGUCUCAAAGAGCCUGCAGACGGCCACCCCGCGACCUUUCAGACCACGUCCCCAGCCCCUGGAGCCUACCCUAAAUCCGUCUCCCCUGCCUCCGGCCUCCCCGCCGCCUUCAGCACAUUUGAGUGGAUGAAAGUGAAGAGGAAUGCCCCUAAGAAAAGCAAAUUGACCGAGUAUGGGUCCGCUAGCCCCUCCAGCGCGAUCCGCACGAAUUUCAGCACCAAGCAACUGACAGAACUCGAGAAAGAGUUUCAUUUCAAUAAGUACUUGACUCGAGCUCGACGCAUCGAGAUAGCCAACUGCUUGCAGCUGAAUGACACCCAAGUCAAAAUCUGGUUCCAGAACCGCAGGAUGAAACAGAAAAAGAGGGAACGAGAAGGGCUUCUGGCCACAGGCAAUACUAUGGCCUCCCUCCAGCUUCCCCUCUCAGGAACCAGCCCCAUCAAGUCUGGCAAGAACCUGAGGAGCCCUUCUCAGUCCCAAGAGCCUUCCUGAGGUCCAGUCUCUAGGCUGAGGAACCUUGGCCUGCAGAAGUCACAGACACCACCACCACCCCGCCGUUCUCCCCUCACCCCCACAAUCUAGAUUUACAAGCUGCUCUCUCUCUUUGGAAUUGGAGGUGGGCGCUGGCAGAAAUUAACAGGGAUUUCAUUUGAGAAAGGAAGUGUUAUAGUUGGCUUUUGAGUUCCAGGCUGUGUGCAUAGAUAUUAAUUUGAUAUCUCCUAAGCUUCUUGUUUGCAUAUUACUUGUGUCCAUCAGGGGAGAAGUGUCCAACUGCCAGCCCAGCUCUGCUGCCAUGUUGCCUAACUUAGAAAUAUGCAAUACUUGGGUGCGGGGUGGCAGGCCAUUUGUUGCCAGGAUCUGCCAGCUCUCUGGUGUGCUCAGCAGAGUACCUGCCUCUAGUGUUUCUGAUGUUAACUAAAGAGCAAGUUUACAUGUAUUCAGCUUCUUGAGAUGACCAAAGCUAGUUGGGGUCUCAUUUAUGUAGCUAAGCUACUUCAAUGACGACCUUUACAUUUGCAC